GAAAAAAGAUAAGCGAUGCUGUAGAUUAAAUCCUCUGGGUAUUUAAAGAGCCCUGAACGGAUUCAAGGUUUCAGUGCGUCAAGUGAAGUGAAGAUUUAACCGAAAAUGUGGACUAAAAUUAUUGUAAUACUGGUUGUGAUUCAUUGUUUGGCCGCAUUGCCGGCUCCAGAGCAGGAUGAUGCGGGAUCAUGGAGUGCCGAUGAAGCUUGUAAAGGACUAACCACAACGACACACAUAGAAAACCAAAACGAUUCCACCUGCAAAACAUUUAUUCUUUGCUAUGUCACUAAUUCAUCUACCCAAGCUGUGACUAUAAAUUGUAAAAGCGGAAUGUACUUCGACUCAACAUUAAAAAUUUGCUCCACAAAUAAGCCAGAAAAUUGCACAUAACAUUCUAGACUUUUAAAAAGAAAAUAUUAAAUUAUACCCAAAUGUGUACCAUAUAUAUUUUAGACUGAUGCCAAAACUGGCAAUAGGAUUUCUCCUAUUUACAAUUUACAUUUUAACUAAAUAAAUAAUUGUAAUAUGUCCAACUAAACACAUUUAAAAUAAAAAAUAUUUAAGAAUUUA